CUUUGCCAGAGCAGUGCACCAUCAGGGCUCCCACAGGAGCACCAAAACUGAACUGGGGCCUGAUGCAGAACGGGGAGGCUAUGAGCCCGCAGGACACCAAGGCAGCAGGGGCCGAGGCCAUUGAGGAGCAGAAGGCCCAGAGCCAGAAUCAGGGGUGUAUGGAGCCCACAGCGCCUCCUCUUCCUCCUCCCUCACCACCACCACUGGGGCCACCAGAAUACCCGAGGCCGAGGCUCAUCUUCCAUACCCAGCUGGCUCACGGGAGUCCCACGGGCCGCAUCCAUGGAUUUACCAAUGUCAAGGAGCUGUACGCCAAGAUUGCUGAAGUGUUCAACAUCUCCCCCUCAGAGAUCCUGUUUUGCACCCUCAACUCCCAUAAAGUGGACAUGCAAAAGCUACUUGGGGGACAGAUCGGACUGGAAGACUUCAUCUUUGCUCAUGUUAGGGGAGAAACCAAGGAGGUGGAGGUGACAAAGACAGAGGAUGCAUUGGGCCUCACUAUCACAGACAAUGGCGCUGGUUAUGCCUUCAUCAAGAGGAUAAAAGAAGGCAGCACCAUAGACCGGCUGAAGACAGUAUGUGUUGGCGACCACAUUGAGGCUAUCAAUGACCAGAGCAUUGUAGGCUGUCGACACUACGAGGUGGCUAAGAUGCUAAAAGAGCAACCUAGAGGCAUACCCUUCACUCUCCGCCUGGUGGGGCCCAAGAAGGCCUUUGAUAUGAUUGGGAUGAGGACCAGAGCACCAAAAUCUAAUGAGGGCAAGAUGGUGAAUGGCAGGGAGACGCUGCGUCUUCGCUCCAAGGGUGCUGCUACAGUUCAGGAAGUGCAGAAUGAGUUUGAAGAACGAGCCACUAAGAAAGUGGAUGACCUGCUGGAGAGCUACAUGGGUAUCAGAGAUCUGGAGCUGGCAACCACCAUUGUGGAAGCAGGCAAAGACAAGAAGAACCCAGAUGACUUUGCAGAGGCCUUGGACUCAGUUCUGGGAGAUUUUGCUUUCCCUGAUGUGUUUUUGUUUGAUGUAUGGGGAGCUAUUGGAGAUGUCAAGAAUGGUAGAAUGUAG